AUGUGGACCUCCAGAAACUUGCUGACAAGGAGGCACAUGCAGAUCCCCCCCGUGGCUGUGAUCCGAAUGGCAGCAGCAACUGCUCAGAUGGGUGGAGCUAUGGGCGGCGGGCCUAGGACAAAGCCACGGAGAAAGAUCGCCUCUGUGCCCAUUCGGCGGAAGGAGCCGGAGCCACACGUGCGAAGGUCGAGGCAGCGGCGGCCUGACUCUCCGGGAGAGGCAGGACUCGGGAGUGAGACGCCCAUUAAACUGAGCAACCCCAGAUUGCUGCAGAAGAGAGCUUUGAGCUUCCAGAAAGAAUUCUCCCUCGACGAAAAAGACGACCCAGCAAAAAGCACCAAGGAUAUAGAUGUUAGCCUCUUGGCAAAUCUCCCCAAAGUCUCUGAAUUGAGGAAAAGAUUUGAAGGCAUUACUACGAGCACAAGUGACUGGGAAAUGAACAGAAAAGAGCGUAUCGCCCGGCGGUUGGAGGGCAUCGAUGGUGAGGUGCAUCCAUCUCUGCUGCCGAGUUUGGUGGCCAACCGGCUUCUGGAGGAAGACACACCACGAUACACAAGGGCCUCUGAUCCCUUUGAGACCUUUGGUGUGACAGUCCAGCGGUACGGCAUGGAGGGAUUUGAAAGCCCAGAAGUGCAGCUGGCGGCUCCAGAGCGACAGUCCAGAGCACUUUCCAGACCUGAACCUAAGUCCUCCAUCCACACCGAGCCUGUGUACACUUCGUCCUCCACCAGCGGUGCCCCUGAGCUCGAGUCCAAGGCUGAACGCAUUGCCCGCUACAAGGCGGAGCGGCGCCGGCAGCUGGCCGAGCGCUACGGCAUCUCUUUAGAUCAGGAGCCGGACUCGGACCAACCCCCUCGCCACACUCGCGCCCGGAAGGAUUCGGAAGGCUCAGAGAGGCGAAUCCGAGGGGAGUUGGUGGCGGAGGAUGGGCGCGACAUCCCUCUAAGUUCUUACACCGGCACCUCCGCCACCAGCCCGAGGGCGGGACGCACGGCACCACAGCUCGGCCACCCCGACCUGGGUCAAGAUAUGGGUCGGACCAGGGUGGACUCCUUUACAGAGAGGGAGAGGUUGAUGAACCUGGAGAAUCAACGCAGAGCUGCUCCUCCCGAGCCUCCCUCCUCUUCCUCGUACAUGGACGUGACAUCAGUGUCCUCUGCUGCCAGGGUUCCUGCUAAAGACUACUCGAUCACAGGGAUGCCACCCAGUUCUCCCAAGCUGAGCAGGCACCUUUCCCUCUCCUCACCUAAGCAUGGGGUGUCUCCUGGGGACAUAUUCAUCGAGCAGCAGGCCCACAACAUCCUCAGCAGACAGGGUGACAGGGCGAAACUGAGCACUGAUUGGUUCCUCCAGACUGAUGCUGAGGGCGACACCCAUUCCCUCAUCAACUGGCCCUCGAGAGUCCGAGUUAGGGAGAGGCUUGCCAAGGAGGAGGGCCGCCAGAGGAGCCCAGAGCUGAUAAAUGUAACAGAAGCGCCAAUGUACCGAAGACCCCAGACCCAAACCUCUACACGCCACCACACAGAUCCACCAGGGCCCCAUCAGGGCUGCCCCCUUCCCCAGCAUCACUCCCAGGCACCUCUCACCCGACCUGGGCCACCGGGAGGUCAAGAAGUUGGCGGUUACCCAAGUUACCUGUCCAUGACUUCCGGUCCCACGUCCGGUUCAGGGCAGCAAGAGCCACAGGAAGACGAGACUGAGGAGUCGGAGGACGCCAAGACAGAGGGCCUCCUGAGGAGCAGGAAAGCAGUACUGCCCUCAGAGAUCCGCCGCAGAGAGAGGAGCACUGAGGACCCACGGAGAGGAAGGGGGGAAGAGGAACCAGGUAGGACCAGGGCACAAAGUCUGGCAAGGGAAGCCGAGGCAGAGGAACUAGCAGGAGGAGGACACAGAAGCAGAGCCAGGUGGGACGAAACGAAACGUACCUCCCGGCGGCAAGCACAGAGCAUGCCCAGAGAGCGGGAGAAUGCCAUCUAUAUCCACAAAGGGGUGGCUGCCACCCAGAUCAAGCCCAGAGCGGCGCAUGCAGGCGCAGCCUCGAGCCGCCCGGUGUCAGAUGCUGGGGAUCCACGAGGGCUCAAUCAGAGGAACCCACAGCAGCACUCCCACAACAUCCUAGAGGUCACGGAUGGUGACGGUGUCGGUAACGGAGAGAGUCACCAGGACAGCCGGGUCUCAGUGGCCCAGCUGAGGCACUCCUACAUGGAGAGCACCACCACCCCUCCGACCAGCCGCAGGAAAGAGCUCGAGGUUGCUGUGGAUGGGGCGCCUUCUGACAACGGGGCCCCGUGGAGAGGGGCAAGGGACAGGGGGCGCAGGCCCCGGCAGUAUGUCUAUCCCGGGGAGAGUAGAAAGACCUCAGAGAGGUUUAGGACGCAGCCCAUCACUUCUGCUGAGCACCAGAAGACCGAUAGGUCCCGUGCGAGUUCAGAUCUAGCUCCAACUGAAGCUGAUGAAGAGAAGCUAGAUGAACGGGCCAAGCUGAGCGUAGCAGCCAAGCGCUCUCUCUUCAGGGAGCUGGAGAAGAGCAUUGAUGGCGGAGCUCCCAACCUGCGGUCGAGGAACGCAGCGGUGGACCGGAGACUAAGACGGACACAAGACCGGUCCAGGACUCAGCCAGUCACCACUGAGGAAGUAGUCAUUGCCGCCACCGUCCCCGCUCACGUGCCACACACAGUGACCAUUCACACUGCAGUAUCACGCGUCCCUAGUCCCACCCUAGUUUGCAGCACCGUCCCUCCGUACAGCUUGCAGGCGUCCUCACAGCAGAGUGCCGCCGCCCGGGAGCAGAGCUUGCGGGAGGCCCGCCAGGUGCAGGAGGCCCAGGAGGUCCACGUGUCGAAGCCUAUGUCCACAGUGGAGGGAAAGGGCCAGAGCCAGGUUCAGGGUCAGGGUCAGGACGAGCCCGACCUCAGCACUCUCAGCCUGGCGGAAAAGAUGGCGCUGUUCAACCGCUUGGCUCAGCCUCCCAUCAGGGUCACCCGCACCAAAGGGGACACACGCCAUCGCAGGGCCAAUGCCCGCUACCAGACACAACCCAUCACGCAGGGAGAUAUGGAUCAGCUUCAAAAUGGUCCAGGCUCUCGGCUGGGACCCCUCCCAAACUCAUCAUCGUCCUCCUCCGCUCUGAGAGAAGGCACCGUCUCCACCGACCACGCCGGAGACAUCCACAUAACCCGAGCACCGGCCCGGGUCGAGCCCCUCCCCCCCAGCUCUGACAGCCCCUCCCGGAGGUCCCGGGACUCAGAGAACCAGCAGAGGUGCCACAUCUUUCCAUGGGGAGAAGACGGAGCUGAUCUGGGAGGAGGGAAGAGGAAGCUGUCCUCUCUGGAGGGAGCGGUCAGGCAGGCUGCUCUGCCCCAGCCUCAGAGUGGAAGAGAGAGAGGGGAGGAGGAGGAGGAGGAGGAGGAGGAGGAGUGGCAGACCAGAGGGUGGGGAGAGAGAGUCGAGCAGAGCUCAGAGAGACACAUGCUCCAGGAGAGGCAGGAGGCGCAUGCACACCACGCAGACAGCCAGAGGAUCAGGGCCAUCAGUGGAGAGCUGCCUGACUCCACUGUGAUCACAUCCAAAGCAGCAUCUGGUUCUCCUCCAGACGGACACACGGACGGCCGGUUCCAGCCUGAGGAGGGAGAGGAGCUGAGCGAAAUGAUGAUGGCCAGACAGAUGUCCAUCAGAGAGAGAGUGGCCUUGUUGAAGAAGAGCGGCGAGGCUGACUGGAGGAGCAGGAUCAAUAGGAAGCAGGAUGCGGUGAAGGCGGCCGCCGGCGAAGAGCAAGCUCAGCUCUGGGAGGCGGAGCAAAGCUUCAAGAAGAAGGAGGACGAAGUGCCGAUGAUGAUCGAUGAGUUUGCCAUGUCCGACCAGCUAUGGAGAAUUGCUGAGGCGGAGAUGGAGUUCCAGGGGAUCGAUGCUCACUUGUCUAUCCAGGAGAGGAAGCGGCUGAUCGUAGCCCAGGAGGAGUGCUGGAAGAUGAAAGGCCACGGAGCCGCCAACGACUCCACCCAGUUCACCGUGGCCGCACGCAUGGUGAAGAAAGGGUUGGCUGCCCCAUCAGCCCUCCAGUCUCCAGUGUCCCCCAAACCCAAGAACAACAGCCUGGCCAUCUCCAAACCUCAAGAAGAGAUCAAGGCCGUGCCAGAUCUGAACCUGGAGACGGACUUGAAGCUGGAUAAACUGGAGUCAUUCCUGGGCAAGCUCAACAGUAAAGUGUUAGGACUGCCAGAAGCAACCCUCACAGUCACACAGAAGAAGGUGAAGGAAGUGAUGAACCUCGAAGACGAAACUUUUUCCAAGUUCUACCGCCAAGUGGAGGAGAUCCCCGCCACCACCAACAAGGUGGAGAUAGACGACGACUUCGAUGCCAUCUUUGGUUCCCAGGUGCCAAAGCUGACCUCAGAGAUGGAGCAGCACAAGCGGGCGGUGCGCCCGGCGCGUAACGUCCAGUCGUCUAGGAACCCUCUGAAGAUGCUGGCUGCCAGGGAGGACAUCAGACACGAGUACACGGAGCAGAGGCUCAACAUCGGCCUGCUGGAGAGCAAGAGGAUGAAGGCUGAGAAGAUGAACAAGAACUCCGGUUUCUCCGACGUGGCUCUGGCCGGUCUGGCCAGCAAGGAGAACUUCAGCAACAUCAACCUGCGCAGCGUCAACAUCUCUGAGCAGAUGUCCAACAAUAGCGCCGUGCCAUACAAGAAACUCAUGCUCUUACAGGUCAAAGGACGACGGCACGUCCAGACCAGGCUGGUGGAGCCCAGAGCGUCCUCCCUGAACAGCGGCGAUUGCUUCCUACUCGUCACGCCACACCACUGCUUCAUCUGGACCGGGGAGUUUGCCAACGUCAUCGAGAAGAACAAGGCUUCAGAGUUAGCAAACUUCAUCCAGAGAAAGAGAGACUUGGGUUGCCGAGCCAACUACGUCCAGAUCAUCGAGGAGGCUGUCAGCACGCACAGCCACUCUGCCAAGGACUUCUGGAAGAUUCUGGGAGGGCAGUCCAGUUAUCAGUCUGCAGGAACGCCAGAUGAAGACGAGCUGUACGAGGGGGCCAUCGUGGAGACGAACUGUAUCUACCGCCUGAUGGAUGACAAACUGGUCCCAGAUGAUGAUUUUUGGGCCAAGGUGCCCCGUUGUUCCCUGCUCAAUCCCAAGGAGGUUUUGGUGUUUGACUUUGGCAGCGAGAUGUACAUAUGGCACGGAAAGGAAGUGACGCUGGCACAGAGGAAGGUGGCCUUCCAGCUGGCAAAGCACCUGUGGAACGGAACCUUCGACUACACAAACUGUGACAUCAACCCGCUAGACCCGGGGGAGUGCAACCCUCUCAUACCCAAGUCAGGUCAGGGCCGACCUGACUGGGCCGUGUUCGGCAGGCUGACUCAGCACAAUGAAACAACCCUGUUUAAAGAAAAGUUCCUGGACUGGAGCGACUCCAGGAAAACACCAAGCCCCUCAAAAAACAACGACCACAUCUCUGAUCAAAAGGAGCAGUCCACCUCCGAUCAGCACCAUGCGUACGACGCCUCCCUGAUGCUGCCCCUCCAUCAAGCUCCCGUCGGCACCAAACUGGACGGGUUUAACGUGGGGCGGGGCUACGGCCUGGUGGAGGCCGAGGAGUGGCGGAGCUGCGAGAUCAGCACGCUGGGGGUGGAGGUGUGGCACAUCCUGGAGUUCGACUACAGCCGCCUGCCGCUCCAGAGCAUCGGCCAGUUUCAUGACGGCGACACAUACGUGAUAAAGUGGAAGUACAUGGUCAGCACUGCGGUUGGGAGGAGACAGAACCCGGAGCAGCAGAAGACGGCAGGGGCCGGUAGGGAGAAGUGCUGCUACUUCUUCUGGCAGGGCCGCAACUCCACCGUCAGCGAGAAAGGAACGUCUGCACUGAUGACGGUGGAGCUGGACGAGGAGCGGGGAGCACAGGUUCAGGUGCAGCAGGGUAAGGAGCCUCCGUGUUUCCUGCAGUGCUUCAAAGGAGGGAUGGUGGUCCACUCAGGGAAGAGAGAAGAGGAGCAGGAGAACUCACAGAGUGACUGGCGUCUGUACUGCGUGCGGGGGGAGGCGGAGGUGGAGGGCCACCUGCUGGAGGUGGCCUGUCACUGCAGCAGCCUGCGCUCCAGGGUCUCCAUGGUCCUGCUGAGCGCGAGCCAGGCCGUCAUCUACCUGUGGCACGGCUGCAAGUCCCAGACGCACACGCAGGAGGUGGCACGCACAGCCGCCAACCAAAUCAAAGAGCAUUGUCCUCUGGAAACAGGCCUCCACAGCAGCAGCAAGGUGACCAUCCGGGAGUGCGACGAGGGAGCAGAGCCCGCGGGUUUCUGGGAGCCCCUCGGGAGGAGGGACAGGAAGGCGUACGACUGCAUGCUGCAAGACCCAGGGAGGUUUAACUUCUCACCACGUCUGUACCAGCUGAGCAGCACCUCGGGGGAGUUUGCAGCAGUGGAGUUUCUUUACCCCGCCAGAGACCCCAAGGAGGUCAACUCCAUGCCCUUCCUGCAGGAGGACCUUUAUGCAGCUUCCCAGCCAGCCCUGUUCCUGGUGGACAACCACCACGAGGUGUAUCUGUGGCAGGGCUGGUGGCCUCAGGACAGCGAAAGUACCGGCUCAGCCCGAAUCCGCUGGGACUCGGACAGGAAGUGUGCCAUGGAGACUGUGCUGCAGUACUGCAGAGAGAAGAAUGAGAAGAAGCCUCCCAAAGCGUACCUGAUCCACGCUGGACUGGAGCCUCUCACCUUCACCAACAUGUUCCCCAGCUGGGAGCACAGAGAGGACAUCGCUGAGAUCACUGAGAGGGAGGCUGAGGUGUGUAACCAGAUUAUCCUAGUGGAGGACGUGUUGGCCCGGCUCUGUAAGACCAUGUACCCACUGGCAGAUCUUCUGGCCCGGCCGCUGCCUGAGGGCGUUGACCCUCUUCGCCUGGAGGUCUACCUGUCUGAUGAGGACUUUGAGAGAGCCCUGGAGACGACCAGAGAGGAGUACAGCGCUUUGCCUAGCUGGAAGCAGGUGAAACUGAAGAAAUCCAAAGGUCUUUUCUAAACGGGCUAAAACAAAGAGUUGACCUGAAGACACCGAGACGUCUAGACACAACGGAGGGUCAGGAGCUCUGCCUCUCCUGAGGUUAUAACCCUGACGGACGAGGGGAGAGACGAAGGUACGGAGGAGGUGAUGAGUGACCGAGAGGCGCGAUGGCUCCUUGUGCUGCACGUUCCUUCCAGUUUUGUGUUUGUGUUUUGGUCUUGUAAGUAGGAGACAAAUGCACUUUCCAAGAAGUUUAUUGACUUUAUUGUAAAUGUAGAUAUGUACCAUACGCAGAACAGCCCAGUGCCCUUAAAAUGUCAGCCAUGCAGCCAUCUGUCAGAGUGGGAGCAGGCCAGUCAGCCUGUUCAGCACACUCCACAGGAGACGCUGUGCUAUUCCUUUAUAUGUGUUUGUCCAUUACAAAUAAUUUAUAUUUAUCAAAUCCAUAUAGGAUUUAUUUUUUUUAAAGCUCCAUGAAUAUUCACCGAGCUAAAAAUAAUGAAUGAUAUUGAUGAGGUCUGUGUCAUAUGUCGAUAAAUACUGGAAAAUCACAGAACUCUCUCUCUCGCUGUACAGUUCACCGCUUGCCAUUUACAAAUCCAACGAUGCAGCUUUAUUAUUGCGUUUAGUGUCAUUAUGUGUCAGAGGAAAAGGAUUCAGGCCGGGGCGAUGAUGUAAUGUGUUUGAAUUUUUUUUUAAUCCUUCAGUGUAUAGUGGCCUUGCUUUUGUGUACAGUUUCUAUACAGAUGCUGGUCUGCAUU